GGGAGCGUCUGGUGGUGCCUGCUUGCGUGUGAGUGUUUGCUGUCCUCUGCUCGACGCUGAGCUGCAGUCAGUCGGAGGAAGAAGAGUUAAUGCGGCGCAGUUUUUUUAAAAGCAAGCAACUAAAGGUCCGAAGAAGAACCAGGAGAACGGCAGGGCCAUCGGAAGCCGCCUCAGGCCUGCCACAGCCACAGCUGUGUCCUCCCCCGUCUUCCCCAGAGUGAAAUGUGGUCCACUUCUUGCUGCCCGACGGGGGAGUCGUCCACACCUUCGUGAUGCUUGCGCUCUUCUCUCUGGCCUGGAGUGCCCCCUAGUGGGAAGCCACAGAGCUGUCCGCCGUGAGUCACAAGAGAGUGACGUUGGAAACCCCAAGCUAUAAACAGCAGGAUAGAGAGAGAGAGCUCUGCUGGUGCCAGCUGUCUCCCGGAGAUCCAAGGAACCGCGAGGGGGACGCCACCCAAGGGAGCAGCGGAUGGCCUGUAAAUGUUGGGAGAGGAAGAAUGAUAGAAACCCAAUGGAUGGAGCUGCUAGAUGCAAAAAAAGGAAACAAGAGAGACUAAAAACUGGAGAAAACUGGGAGAACAGGAAUGAAUCCAAUGCUUUUCAGCAUGUAAUCCAGCAAAUAAUACAGGAAGCAGGAGAAAGAAGCCUGUGUCUUCCGUGUAGGAAAAGCUCCUCUACUGAAACCAGCUUUCAGUCUUAGAAGGAAAUGAACGCAAGGAAGAAACCACAUAAAUGCCUGGAAUGUGGAAAGAGCUUCAGCACAAGUGGACAGCUUAUUAUACACCAUAGAACCCACACUGGGGAAAAACCACAUAAAUGCUUGGAGUGUGGAAGUAGCUUCAACCAGAGAGCACAACUAAUUGUACAGCACAGAACCCACACUGGGGGAAAACCACAUAAAUGCUUGGAGUGUGGAAAGAGCUUCAGCCAGAGAGUACAGCUUAUUGUACACCAUAGAACCCACACAGGGGAGAAACCACAUAAAUGCCUGGAGUGUGGAAAGAGCUUCAGCACAAGUGGAUAUCUUAUUAUACACCAUAGAACCCACACUGGGGAGAAACCACAUGAAUGCCUGCAGUGUGGAAAGAGCUUCAGCCAGAGAGCACAUCUUUUUGAACACCAUAGAACCCACACUGGGGAGAUAACACAUAAAUGCCUGGAGUGUGGAAAGAGCUUCAGCACGAGACCACAACUUACUGUACACCAUAGAACCCACACUGAGGAAAAACCACAUAAAUGCCUGGAGUGUGGAAACACCUUCAGCCAGAGAGCACAUCUUAUGGUACACCACAGAACCCACACUCGGGAGAAGCCACAUAAAUGCCUGGAGUGUGGAAAGAGCUUCAGCACAAGAGGAGCUCUUACUGUACACUACAGAGCCCACACUGGGGAGAAACCACAUAGGUGCCUGGAAUGUGGAAAGAGCUUAAGCACAAGUGGAAAACUUACUAUACACCACAGAACACACACUGGAGAAAAACCACAUAAAUGCUUGGAGUGUGGAAAGAGCUUCAGCACAAGUUCAUAUCUUAUUGUACACCACAGAACGCACACUGGGGAGAAACCACAUAAAUGUCCAGUGUGUGGAAAGAGCUUCAGCACGAAUGGAGAACUUAUUGUACACCACAGAACCCACACUGGGGAGAAACCACAUAAAUGCUGUGAGUGUGGUCAGAGCUUCAGCACGAGUGGAGAACUUACUGUACACCACAGAACCCACACUGGGGAGAAACCACAUAAAUGCCUGGAGUGUGGAAAGAGCUUCAGCCAGAGAGCACAUCUUAUUGUACACCAAAGAACCCACACUGGGGAGAAACCACAUAAGUGCUUGGAGUGUGGAAAGAGCUUCAGUACAAAUGGAACUCUUACUGUACACCACAGAUCCCACACUGGGGAGAAAGCACAUAAGUGACAGGAAUGUGGAAAGAGCUUCAGCACAAGUAGAAAACCUACUAUACACCACAGAUCCCACACUGGGGAGAAAGCACAUAAGUGACAGGAAUGUGGAAAGAGCUUCAGCACAAGUAGAAAACCUACUAUACACCACAGAACCCACACUAGAGAAAAACCACAUAAAUGCCUGGAGAGCACAUCUUAUUGUACACCAUAGAACCCACCAGGUAUGUUCAUGAACCAGUCUAGAGGCCUUUCUAGAGGUGUUGCUUCAAAGGUGGUGCUGGCUAAAAGGUUCAGCGCCGGUGGUGUGGUGGUUCUUUAAGGGCAGUGAAGGGUGCACUUACCCCUCCCUCCGCUUUCCCCCCCUCUGGCGCUCCAUUUUUAGCACAAACACAUGGAGCAGCAGUGUUCCACCCUGCUGCCCCUUUCCUCGUUCUUUGCUGGAAAUGGCCGGAAGUAUCGCAUGCGCCCAUCACAAUGUGCGUUCAGUAUGUACAUGCUAUGGGUGCACGCCCAGGAGCUUUUCCCGUCCAAGAACAGAGGAAGGGGCGGCAGGGAGGUAUGCUGCCGCCCCAUGGGUUUUGUUAAAAAUGGAGCUCCGGUGGGGGGUAAGUGGAGGAAGGGGUAAGUACACCCUUCCCCACCCUUAAAGAACCACUACCCCCAGCAUCAAACUACAUCUCCGCAGUUUCAUGCACACCACUAGAACCUACACUGGAGAGAAACCACAUAAACAACAGAAGCAUGGUGGAACAGUGAGAACCAAUGAGACACUUAUCCCUGGAUGUAAUCUCUAUAGAAACGGCAGGGAAGGGUGCCUUGGAGGUGGAGUAGCACUGUAUGUUAAAGAAGGGAUAUAAUCUAAUAAGCUAGAAAACCUAGUUGGACUGGAGUCCUCCACAGAAACCCGUACAAGGCCUGAAAGGGAACGUGCUACUGGGGACGUGCUAUUGCCCUCCAGAUCAAAACGCUGACAGCGACUGGGAGUUGCAGGAGGAAAUCAGGGAGGCAUCAAGGAGAGGGUAGGUAUAAAUGGAGAGUUUUCACAAUGGAGGGAAGUAAGAAUUGGGGUCCCCCAGGAACUGGUGUACUGGGACUGUUGCUUUUUAAUUUAUUCAUAAAUGAUCUAGAAGCAGGGGUAAGCAGCGAGGUGGCCAAAUUUGCAGGCGAUAACAAACUCUUUUGGGUAGUGAAAUCCAUAACUGAUUGCAAAGAGCUCCAAAACGAUCUCUCCAAACUGGGUGAGUAGGUGACAAAGUGGCAAAUGCGGUUCAAGUGUAAAGUGAUGCACACUGGGAUGAAGAACCCCAACUUCAAGUAUAUCAUCAUCAUCAAUUUUAUUACGGCCAUUGGCCAGCAGAAAUAGAAGUAACAAAUAUACUCAAUACAAAGAUCAAUAAAACAAUGCUAAAACACAAUAAAAUGGAAUACAAUCACUCAUAAUAAAUUACUGAAAAACAAUAGAAGCUCUUGCAAUUAAGCUCUUAAUAGGGACCUUAACCUAAUGGCAAUGUAGAAAAAUUUAGCCACGAUUGUUGUAAUCCCGGGGCUUGAAUCUGCGAGGCAGUAAUAUGUAUUAAAAGAGCUCACACCUUCCGGGAAAUUUGAAUAACAGAGGGGAAAUAAGUUCUUCUCUAGCAUCCCGAUAUAAAGAGCAAUGUAGCAAUACAUGGGUGACAGUUUCCAGGAGGCCACGCCACAAUGGCAGAAAACCGCAACAGGAUGAUCUUUAGGAAACCUCUGUUCCAAACGCGAAGAGGACAACACAUUAAACCGGGCCCGAGCAAAUGAAACCCGAAAUUUAGAAAAAUGCAGCGUUGUUAAGUAGUUAGCACCUCUAUCUCCCCAAGGUGGCAAAAUCCCAAAAUGUAAAGAGGACCAAAAUGUAAAGGGGAAACUUCAAGUAUAUGCUGAUGGGAUCUGAGCUGUCGGUGACUGACCAGGAGAGGGAUCUUGGGGUCAUGGUGGACAACUCGUUGAAAGUGUCGACUCAAUGUGCGGAGGCUGUGAAAAAGGCCAAUUCCAUGCUAGGGAUCAUUAGGAAGGGGACUGAAAACAAAACUGCUAAUAUUAUAAUGCCCUAAUACAAAACUAUGGUGUGGCUACACCUGGAGUACUGUGUACAGUUCUGGUCACCACAUCUAAAAAAGGAAACUGUAGAACUGGAAUAGGUGCAGAAGAGGGCAACCAAGAUGAUCAGGGGCCUAGAGCACCUUUCUUAUGAGGCAAGGCUACAACACCUGGUGCUUUUUAAUUUAGAGAAAAGACUGUGGGGAGACAUGAUAGAGGUCUAUAAAUCAUGCCAGGUAUGGAGAAAGGGACAGAGAGAAAUUCUUCUUCCUCUCACAUCACACUACAACUAGGGGUCAUCCCAUGAAAUAGAUUGCCAGGAAAUCUACGGCCAACAAAUGGAAGUACUUUUUCACACAACACAUAAUGCACUUGUGGAAUUCUCUGCCACAAGAUGUGGACAGUCAACAACCUGGAUGGCUUGAAGAGGGGUUUGGAUAACGUCAUGGAGGAGAGGUCUAUCAUCGGCUACUAGUCAGAGGGCUUCAGGCCACCUCCAGCCUCAAAGGCAGGAUGCCUCUGAGUACCAGUUGUAGGGGAGUAACAGCUGGAUAGAGGGCAUACCCUCAACUCCUGCCUGAGGCAUCCAGCGGCAUCUUGUGGGCCAAUGUGCGAAACAGGAUGCUGGACUAGAUGAGCCUUGGGCCUGAUCCAGCAGGGCUGUUCUUAUGUUCUUAAAUGCCUGAAGAGUGGAAAGAGCUUCAACCUGAAUAAACACCAUAGAACGCACACUGGGGAGAAACCACAUAAAUGCGUGUGGAGAGACUUCAGCACAAGUGGAGCUCUUACUGUAUCCCAUAGAACCCACAUAGAGAAAACCACAUGAAUGCUUGGAGUGUUUAAAAGAACUUCAGGAGGAAGGCAAGCCUUACUGCACAUGAGCAAACUCACAGAGUAUAAAAACCAUACAUCUGACACUGCAGAGAAACCUGGGAAACUGCCUCACUGUGUGAAAUAUCAAACCUUGUCCAAUUUCUUUUUCUCUUUUGACUUGCUUUGACCCUUGUUACCUUCUUAGGGAAUUGAGGCCAAGUGUUCAUACUGGUGUGUUUGGUUCUGUGUUAAGAAUAAGUGUGCAUCAUUCGGUCCAACUGAUUCAUGAAUAUUCGUGUUUCACAGCAUUCCCUUGCUUUUCCUUGCCUAGGAAUCCCGUUCUGUGUUGGUUGGUGUAGACAAUACUGUGCUGGAUGGACCAGGAGUGUGACUGAGUUCCGGAGCUUCAUAUGUCCGUCUGGAGCACGUCUCACUCAGGAGUUGAGCCCCUGCUUUCCAUGCCAGAGGUCCCAGGUUCAAUCCCUGGCAGCAUCCACAGAUAGGGCUGGGACAGAGGUUGCCUGGAAGCUUGGAGGGGCGCUGCCAGUCAGUGUAGACCAGUGUUGAACAACUUUGUCCCUCCUGCCAUUGUUGGCAACAUCUCGCACCACCUCUGAUGAUUGAUGACUGUUGCUGAGCAUGCUGGGAGUUAUAAUCCCAAGGGUUCAAGCUGUGCUGCCCUGGGUCAGAGAGUACUGAACUAGAUGGAGGGUGGCUUAGUCUAUAUCAGGCCUGCUCAACUUGGCCCCCCCAGCUGUUCUUGGACUACAACUCCCAUAAUCCCCAGCCACAGUGGGUAAUAGCCAAGGAUUAUGGGAGUUGUAGGCAAACAUCUGCAGGAGGGCCGAAGUUGAGCUGGCCUGGUCUAUAUACAGCUUCUUCCAGAGUUCCACAUAGCACACACACAUGGUGCUUAGGAGCAUAUUAGGAGAGAAAGCAGAGAGAAAUGGAUAGUUCUAAUUGUUGGAGAUGCACUUCCAGUGCAUCGACCUUUUGCACCAACUGUCCUAAUGACCACUAGGGUCACUGGGAGUAGAGACAGUGAGUCAGGGUCUCCCGAUCUGUCCCCACUCUAUGACCCCUGAACAGACUCUGCAGCACUUCCUGUACUUGAGUCACAAUCCUUCCUUUCCUCAUAGAGAGCAGAUGGAAACCUCUCUCUCUCCUUACCUAUCCAUUAUAUAGUCCUUUAGAUUAGAGAUAGGUCUUUCCUAUCUAAGUGUAUUUAACCAAUAAAUAUUUAGUGUUUAGUCAUACAAGGAUCUCCAUGUGUUUUCUCUAAAUAGCUGCAAGAUCCAAACCAUCCUCUGCUACCUACUCUGUAACUGGAGUGUGUGCUCAUUCCUUAGUGCUCUGCUGUUUUACCUAUUGUGGGUAAAAAUCAACAACCUCUAACACUAAAAAUCUCUGUUCCAUUUCAAAAUGAAGACAAGGACUAUCAGCACUAUCCCAAAACACCCAUUUUGGAAGGGCGAUAUAUAAAUCAAGCAAAUAAAUAUAUAAAUAAAACCAGGUCACUAAGAAGGGGGCUGCACCUAUUUACUAUGCUUUUACUUAACUGAGCCCAUCUGAUGUGAUGCAGGAUCACACUCACUGCAUUGAGAAUUAAACAUCUUUUGGAGCCCUUCUUGAUACACAAGUUCCUUGUUCUGAUGGGGACAAGCAUGGAGAGCUGAUCUUGAUGUAGCAAGCAGGACUUGUCCUCUUAACUAAGCAGGGUCCACCCUGGUUGCAUUUGAAUGGAGCACUGUAAGAGAUUCCCCUUAGAGGAUGGAGCCGCUCUGGGAAGAGCAGAAGGUUCCAAGUUCCCUCCCUGGCAGCAUCUCCAAGAUAGGGCUGAGAGAGAUCCCUGCCUGCAACUUUGGAAAAGCUGCUGCCAGUCUGUGCAGACAAUACUAAGCUAGAUGGACCAGUGGUUUGACUCGGUAUAUUGCAGCUUCCUAUAUUCCUAUGAUGGACUCAUCUCAAAAAACGGGAGAGGGUCUGAGUCAGUUUUGUCAUGAAAUAAUUGAUUUAAAGAGGAAGGACCAACCUUCAGUCAUUCAGACAGACUGGAAGUCUAAUGAAACCUGAUCAAAAGCCCAUUUACACUUCUGGUUGUAGGAGAGCAUGCUGUCUGAGAGUUAGGCAAAAUGUUUCAGCCUGAUGAAGGGUGACAGACUGUGUCACUCAUCUUUGUCUGUCUGAUCCCAGACCCAGGACAAAGGGGCCCCUGAGCAUGUACAGAGUUCAUUUCUCUCUGCACCACUACAAUUCCGCCCUAUUGGCAACCAUCUGCCACUGUCAUAGGCUUGUAUAAGGGCAUAACAAGAAUAGCAGUUUUAUUCUCAAUCCCCUUCCUAAUGACCCUAAUGGUGAAAAUUGGCACAUAAAUGGUAGUAGUAGUAGUAGUAGUAGUAAUUGCAGCCUUGGGGAUAAAUUCUGGUCAAGCAGUGCCCCUUUGGAUGGGAAUAGGGGACCAGAAACACAUUGGGAAGGGCCCCCCUUUCAUCUUUGAAAUGCCGGAAGGUGUGUUUUUCAGGAAGCAUCAGGGAAGGUGAGAUGUCCCUCUGGAUGGUGAAGGCAGAGCCACUUGUACACAGAGUCGUCUUGGAAGAGAUACUGCUCUAGGAAGGAGGCCGUUGUAUUUGGAACCCAGAAAAGGAAAACUCCUCCUUGUGUCGUGGGGUUUACAGCAGCAAAGAAGGGAGUCCUGGAGGUGGGAAGGGUCUCCCAGUUGGCAUUUGGGAGGGUGCCCCUCUAGCCAUGGUGGGGAAGGUGGAGGCCUCUGGGGGAACAGGGAUGUGGCCGGAAAGGGAGAAACCCCCGGAAGAACUGUAGGGCCCCCCGAGUUCCAAGGAGGGUUCUCGACUCCAGAGGACAAGCGGCCGUUGAGCUGGCAGUCAGCUGGUGAUGCGGCCCCCUUUGUGAGGUCACCCGUCGCUACGGGGUCCUGGGCCUGGAAUCCUCGCUGGCUCCCUUGAACGAAUGUGAGAGUGGAAGAGAGCGGGUGUCUGAGAGAGCGGCUGUGGCAGCGAAAGUCAUUUAGAGAGAGAUUGGGCGCGAUUGUGAGAGUGAAAGAGAGAGCGAUUGAGAGAGAGAAUGAAUAGAUAAUAGAGUUUAAAUAUCGGAGCAAUCAGAGGCGGGAAUUUGUUGUUUGGGAUAGGGAGGGGGAGGCGGUUGGGGCUGGGGUGGGUCGUUGU